AUGGGGAAAAAACAGCAUAGCAAAGAUCGAAUGUUCAUAACGAAGACGGAGUGGGCAACAGAAUGGGGAGGCGCUAAAUCCAAAGAGAAUCGUACUCCUUUCAAGAGUCUUCCUUUCUACUGCUGCGCGCUUACGUUUUUGCCAUUCGAGGAUCCAGUGUGUACAAGCGACGGCAGUGUUUUCGAGUUAACAAGUAUAGUGCCUUACAUAAGGAAAUUUGGAAAACAUCCAGUUACAGGAGCACCAUUGAAAGGAGAAGAUCUAAUUCCUCUCGUCUUUCACAAGAACUCUGAAGAAGAGUUUCAUUGUCCUGUUCUCAACAAAGUCUUCACCGAAUUUACUCAUAUAGUUGCUGUCAAGACUACCGGAAAUGUAUUCUGCUACGAGGCAGUCAAAGAAUUAAAUAUCAAGACCAAGAAUUGGAAGGAGCUUUUAACAGAAGAACCAUUCAAAAGAGCCGACCUUAUAACAAUUCAGAAUCCUAAUGCAGUUGACAGCAAAGUAACUGUGGAGUUUGAUCAUGUUAAGAACGGCCUGAAGAUCGAUGAUGAAGAGUUAAAGAAGAUGAAUUCAGAUCCAGCUUAUAAUAUUAACGUCUCUGGAGAUAUCAAGAACAUGCUUGCAGAUCUUGGAUCUGAAAAAGCAAAGGAGAUUGCUCUACACGGUGGAGGUGGAAACAAGGCACGUAACGAAAGAGCCGCUGCGAUUGCUGCGAUUCUAGAGUCAAGGUCGAAAAUCAAAGAGGAUAAAGCAGAACCAAAGCAGACUUACAGUGUCGUGGAUGCUGCAUCUGCUUCUGUUCACGGAAGAAGUGCUGAUGCAGCUAGAGCUGGUUCUAGUGACAAAACAGCUGCAAGAAUCGCUAUGCAUAUGGCUGGAGAUAGAGCACCUAUUAAUACUCAAAUGGUGAAGAGCCGUUAUUCGUCGGGUGCUGCUUCUCGUUCUUUCACUUCCACUGCGUUUACUCCUGUCACCGAAAACGAUUUCGAGCUGAUCAAAGUCGAGAAAAACCCGAAGAAGAAAGGGUACGUUCAGUUUCGCACAACACAUGGCGAUUUGAACAUUGAGCUCCAUUGCGAUAUAGCUCCUAGAGCAUGUGAGAAUUUCAUCACUCUCUGCGAACAAGGUUAUUACAACGGAGUGAUCUUUCACAGAAGCAUCAAGAACUUCAUGAUUCAAGGUGGCGAUCCAACAGGCACAGGAACAGGAGGUGAAUCCAUUUGGGGAAAGCCAUUCAAAGACGAGCCAAACUCGAAGCUACUUCACACGGGAAGAGGCGUAGUUAGUAUGGCUAAUAGUGGUCCACACACAAACGGUUCUCAGUUUUUCAUCUUAUACAAAUCAGCUAUGCAUUUAAACUACAAGCACACUGUGUUUGGUGGAGUUGUUGGUGGUUUGUCAACAAUUGCAGCAAUGGAGAAUGUACCUGUAGAUGAUACCGACCGGCCUCUGGUGGAGAUCAAAAUAAUCGAAGCAAAUGUGUUUGUGAAUCCAUACACGGAGCCUGAUGAAGAGGAAGAAAAAGAGAAAGAGAGGAACGAAGACAAAGACAUUGAUAAAGUCGGGUCGUGGUACAGCAACCCAGGAUCCGGAACAGCAGAAGCUGGAGCCGGUGCCGGUGGUGUCGGCAAAUACUUGAAAGCUAAGAGUAAUACAGCCACAAAAGACAUUAGUAGUGCCAUAGACUCUGAUCUUGCAACCAUUGGAGGAGUGUCUAAGAAAAGAAAAACAACCUCUGCUUCAGCCUCCACAGGGUUUAAAGAUUUCUCUGGCUGGUAG